AUGAGUAAUUUAAUAGACAUUACCUCAGACGAACAAUUCAACGAUCUUGCAACAAAAAAGAAUGCCGUAUAUGUCUUAAAUUUCUGGGCUUCUUGGGCUGAACCAUGCCAACAAAUGAAUGAGGUAUUUGCUGAACUUGCUAACAAGUUUCCUGCUCUUCAGUUCAUAAAGAUAGAAGCAGAAGAGUACCCUGAUAUAUCUGAAAACUUUGAAAUUUCUGCUGUACCUACAUUUAUUAUCUUAAAGGGAGGUAAAAUAGUAGAGCAAAUUGAAGGUGCCAAAGCUGCUGAAUUAACAAAUGCUGUCGCCAAGCAUUCAAAAGGAGUGUUGAACAAGCUUAGUACAGCCACAACAUCCGCAGCAGGAACAGAAAAUGGUAAUAAGCCUGUUAAGGAUCUUAAUGCUCGUUUAAAGGCACUUAUCCAUAGUGCACCUGUCAUGAUUUUCAUUAAGGGCACACCUCAACAGCCUCGUUGUGGUUUCUCUCGUCAGCUUGUUGAUUUAUUAGCAGAACAAAAAGUUAAAUAUAGUUCAUUUAAUAUCCUUGCUGAUGAAGAUGUUCGCCAAGGCUUAAAGGCAUAUUCUGAUUGGCCAACUUAUCCACAAAUAUAUAUUAAUGGUGAAUUAAUGGGUGGAUUGGAUAUUAUUAAGGAAAUGAUUGCUUCAGGUGAAUUCCAAGAGAUUUUACCUAAAGAAAAGGAUUUAAAUACUCGACUUCAAGAAUUGAUUGAAAAGCAACCAGUGAUGGUGUUUAUAAAGGGAACACCUGAAGAACCUAAAUGCGGAUUUUCAAGACAAAUGGUCGGAUUGUUGAAUGAUAGACAUGUUAAAUAUGGAUAUUUUGAUAUUUUAUCAGACGAUGAUGUUCGACAAGGUCUAAAGACUUAUGUUAACUGGCCAACAUUCCCAAUGCUAUUUUAUAAAGGAGAAUUAUUAGGUGGUUUAGAUAUUGUAAAGGAAAUGAUCGAGACUGGUGAAUUUGAUCAAGUAUUGACUGCUUAA